AUGAAGUGGAGCGUCCGCGGGGCCUGCGCCGCGCUCUCCUCCUGCCUCCUGCUCGCCUGCGCGCUCAGCGCCGCCGCCGUCGGCCUCAAGUGCUUCUCGCUGGGCUCGGAGCUGCGCGGGGAGCCGUUCCGGCUGGGGGCGGCCGCCGGCGCCUUCUACUCGGGGCUGUUGCUGGCCGCCGGCCUCUCGCUGCUCGGCGCCGCCCUGCUCUGCUGCGGGCCCCGGGACGCGCCCCUCGCGGGGCCGGGGCCGGGCCCGGGGCUUGGGGUCCCCGCGGCCCCGGCAGGGGCUCCAGAGGCCGCGCCGGGAGAGCCGGGGGCCGCAGCCGGGCCCUCAGGGCCAGUGAACAGCCAGAACCUGCUCCUGCUCGGCGUUCUCGUCUUCAUGCUCGGGGUCCUCAGCGCCUUCGCGGGCGCCGUGAUCGACGGCGACACCGUGUCUCUAGUGGAACGCAAGUACUCCCACUACUGUCUGCCGCCCCGCGCGCCGGCCGCGGCCCCCGGCCCGGCCCCGGGCCCCGCGGCUGCCGCUCCCGGCCCGGCCCCCGGCGCGCAGCGCUCCCGCAGCACCCUGGACAGCGCCACGUCCGCCAAGUGCCGCCAGCUGAAGGACUACCAGCGUGGCCUGGUGCUUUCCACCGUCUUCAACUCGCUCGAGUGCCUCCUGGGCCUGCUCAGCCUCCUGCUGGUCAAGAACUACAGGUCGUCGCAGGCUCGGCGGGGCCGGCGCGGCCGGCGGAGGGGAGGCCGGGCCCUGGCGCGGCCCCGCGGCGGCCCCGGGCUCCGCGCGCAGCCGCCAGCCUCCCGGGCGCGGCGGGGCCGGCGGGGCCGGCGGGGUCGGCGGCUGCAGCCGCGGCCGAGCGAGGCUUCCAUCCUGUCCCCGGAGGAGUCGGACUUCACCGCCCCGGGGGACUGCGCGGGCUUCGCUGCGCACCACGCUGUCUCCUACAUCAACGUGGGCGUCUUCCACGCGUUCGACGAGGCGGGUGUGGAGGUGUGCUGCGGGGGGCACCCGUCGGUGGAGCUGCCGGGGUACGCGCCCUCGGACCCCGACCUCAACGCCUCCUACCCCUACUGCUGCCGGCCACCCUGCGAGGCGGGGCGCCCGUGGGAGCCAAGCCCGGCCUGCUGAGUGCCCCGGCCCACCCCAGAUAGACAGCGCUCGAGCCCGCGCACGCCUCCCCGCCCGGCCGCCGCAGCGAGGGAGGACCAGGGCUGGAGUGGCGUGGCACCUUCAGGGGCGGACUGGCCUCGCGUCGCUGAGGGCUCCUCGCCGUGAGACUGGUCCUUCACUAUCACCAUUUCUGUGUCUGGGAGGUUUCUCUUCUUUUCUGUGUCUGUUCGUAUCCGGAUUCCAUUUUAAAGUUUACAAUAAAUGUCUUGGGGUUGCCUCGCCCCCAUCGCACUUCUCUUUGGCAAGUCCGGUUCGGGGUGAGAGAGUCAGAGAGCGAGGGUGAUUUCGCGGGAGGAAGGACCCAUGCUGAGAGGACAGAAAGAGCAGCGGGUACUUUAGGGGUGGCCGAAGCGAAACAGCACCCAGCGGCAACACUUUGUACACGGAUGUGCCUGCUUUUGUUGAUACUUUCUUACUGUAAAGCUCUCCAUAAACAGUGAAAAUGUUUGGUAAAUUUAUUGCAAUUUAAAAUUGGUUAGUUCCUUUAUUAAAUUAAUUGCUAUGUUAUUGAGAUAUUCAUAAAAUUGGAGUUAGGGGGCGUCGACACACUGGGCGUCGCCACAGUUUGGGGCAAAUGGUUGAAUUUGGUCAAGUGUUGAAUUUGAACAGCUGUAUUCUGCUGGUGGUUGACUCCAUCCAACCAGCCCCUUCCUAAAGCUAACUUUCAGACUGACAGUGGGGUUUCUACUACAAAGCUGGGCUUACUUUGGUUAAUAUAUAUGGACAAUCCGAUCCUAUUUUGGAAAAUCACAGUCAUAGUUUUUCUGGCAAAGAUUAUUUUCCUGUUAAUUAAUUCAUUAAUUUGGUAAUUUUGCAUAUUAUAGCAUUUCACUUAAAAUACACCCCUUAAAUAGCCUUAAUUGAUGUGAAGGUCAUACUUCUAUAUCCUUAGGAUAUAUAUAGAUGUGUGUGCAAACUUACACACAUUAUAUUGAAAUGCAUACUAGGUGACAGCAAAAUGUGUUUCCAUCCGGUCUGGUGGGCUGGCUGGGAGCCAGGCUGGCUCAGAGUCUUGGGGGCAAAAGGUAGUUCUGUUGCAUGUGCUGGAUUUGUGGAGCCAGACAGGGAUGCUGGUAAUUCUCAAGGUGCUCGGAGCAGAGCCCCAUCCUGGCCUGAAUAGUGUGUGCCUCCUGCAAAGGGAGUGUGGGCACACCCAGUGCUCUGCGAGGGGUGAGCACCACAUAAAGCACUCUAGGUGAGAAAAGCUAAAUGAAUCACGUGUAACAUCUUUCUAGUGUAUAGGGGUUCACUUCUAAUUGUGGGAAUGUAGCCAGUUUAAGGACUGGAGGUGGAGUUUCCAGGUCCAGGCUCUGGGAUGAGACUUCUUAGCUCCCAGAUAUCUUGCACAAACCCCAAGUUCCCUAACCUAGACAACCAAAGCCCCAUCCCAGCUGCAGUGGAGGCUGUUAGAGAGCAGAGGUCCCAUGUGCAGGCAGAGGAGUGGAGACCUGUCACCAGUUAGCACAUGAUCCGUGGGGGUGGCAAACCCAUCACACUGAUGCUUGGGCAAUUCCUGUGUAACAUGGGGGCUAUGAUCAGAGGCAACAGGCCAAUGUUUCCUCCUUGUUAUGCUGAUGCCACUUGAGGAAAGAGGAUGAAUCACAGCCAAUUUAGUGGGUUCUCAUCCACGGUUCUCUUCAGAUAUUGGCCCAUAUUCAGCCUCUGGAUUCAGCCAGGUUGAGGGCACAGACCAACUAGUCCAACUGCUGGUCCUCAUAGCCUGGUCCCUCUCAUGCCUCUGCGUCACCAGCUCACUGGCCAUUAACCUUAUACAGAAAAUAUGAUACAUGGCAGCAAAAAUGGCUUUUAAGAUACUUUCUCCAAUCUACCUAAGUCAAAUCAAGAAGGAAUUGCCAGAUGUUUCCUGCUUCUGAGCAGGGAUGCGCCCCACUCCUGGAGCGAACUCUCAUAGACAGCUACCAGGCUGACCCCCCAGAACUUACACAGCAGAGGUUGCUAGGCCAGUGUACCCCAGAUUGGUGGGCACAGGGUGGGAAGGCCACUGGGCAGGCACCACCCCAAGAAAGCAAACAGCAAGGACAUAAGAUGUCAGACCUCCCAGUAUCCUUCUGGUUUUCUGAAAUGUUCCAUCUUAACAGAAUUGGUACAGCUUAAAACGUUAUAUGCCUUAUGAAUCUUUCAGAUUUGCAAUCAGAAUCAGUGGCUUCUCUAAAGCUUCAGACAUUUCUUGGGCUAGAACAGAAGGCAGAAGGAGGGCGAGGUGGGUGGGUCCAGUGCAGGAGGUGGCUGGAGUUUCUGCCAUCUGUGUGGUCAUCUGGCUGGGGCAGCAGGGAGCACCUGGGGGUGCGCCGACAGCUGCAUUUCCCCUGGCGAACUUUUAUGUGACCAACAGACUCGACGAGAGAUUUCAAGGUGCGAGUGUUUCUAACUCCACUUUAUAGAGGCUGAUAUAAUGAUGUGGGAUACCAGGAUUUUUUUUUUUCAGAGUUUAUUAGGGGAAAUAAAAUCAAGUCUCCCUAAACUUACAUUGUUCCAAAGAUCAGUACUCAGGGAUAUGGGCAGGGAAUUAUGAAGCUACUGAGCUUCCUUUGAAUUAGAACUGACUUCCUUGGGCCACUCCCACUCCUGGAAAGGCACCUGCCUCACGGCAGUCACCUCUCAGGCCCGUCCAUCCUACUUCCUAUAAGUUUUAGUUUUUAAAAAUUGAUUCCUAAUGCUCCUUAGAAAAUAAAGCCAGUCCCUGGAACUUUCUUAGAAUGGGUCUUUCUCUGCUUCUGAGAAUAAUAAUGAACCGCUAGCUGGCCUGUUGGUGGCCAGACCGAGUUCAUGACCACGAUGAAGUACCAUGAUGAAACAAACACAUUUAGGGUUGCUCUGUGGCUUACUGCUGAGUUUGUAAGUUAUUGUCUCCAACACAAAGGUUGUUUGUCUUUAAGGGAGUACUCUAAGACAACACAUGAGGAAGCCGCCAAACAAAGCGAGUUUGCCUAGAUUGAUCAGUUAGAUUGAUCAGUAGGCCCUCCCAGGGUCGCAGGUGUUUUUCGUUUGUCAGAGGGGGUGAUCUGCCUUUGGCAACACAAAUCCGAACCACAAAAUUGGAUUUUUGACUGAAAUUCAAUUAAACAAUCAUCUUAUUUUAAAGAGCAGUGAGACAGUGUUUGUGAUGAAGACCAUGCAGCUGGCGAUGAAAGGUUUCAGUUCUGGUGGGUGUCAUGGCACAGUACGGCCAGAGGCCUUGAACAGGCACACACACUCACACAGCAUGAACGCACACACAAGUACAGGCACACACGAGGGCACAGAAACACAAAUGCAUGCGUGUGCCCGUGUGGAUAUGUGCACACACAGGACGUGUACACGGACACACGUACGCAUGUGUGCACACACCUGUACAGACAUGCAUGCAAGGAGGCACACACUGCCUCAUGAGACAUGUCUGAGGGUCAGGCAGCAGCCCUGCUGGGAGUGUCCAGGGCUCCAGGUACAGCCUGUCUGAGUUGGAGAAGCCUGGCUUUAGACUUGCCCCCUUGCAGUGUGGUGAGAUUUGUUCAUGGGGAGCAUGCCUGGGAGGGUGCCUGGUGGGUGCUGAGCUGCACAGAGCUCUGCACACUCUGUCACAUGCAGGGGGAGGAGAGUGGGGGUGGGCCCUCACCCAGCUGCCGGCACACACAGCAAGCCAGGUCUGAGCCGCGCUGGCUUCGGUGCCAGUGGUGUGGGGCAAGCUGAGCUCCUUGCUGCUUAGGAGGGUCUGUGUUGCACGGAUACCUGCCACUUGUUGGUGCUUGUUGGUGCUGACCCCUCUGGGGUCACCUUCAGCUCAACUCCCCCUCUGAGCAAGGGCUGCCUGCCUGCCACGCUGUCCUGUGGUACCCUCCAGGUUAUUGCUGCCUCAAAGCAUGGCUUUCUCAUCAAGAAAGGAAGUUAGUAAAUGACAGAAACCUUAAGAAAACUUAAGAAAAGUGAAUUCUGGCAUAUAAAUAUGUAUAAAUUUUAUAUACCAGUGUACCUAUUUCUUACAUGAGACGGAGGCAGCAGUCUAACGCCAACUGGUUGACUUUCCAGAUGAUCCAAUAUCUGCUUGGUUUGCCACUCUUUAACACGGUGACUGACAGGAACAAAAUUACCAACAAAAUGGGGAAAAAAAAUGAACUUAGGAAAAGAGUAUUCAUGAAUCAGUGUGUCCCCAAUCUGAAUUUUCUAAGGACUUCCUGGGGUGGCAGAAAAAAGCCUGGUGAUUCUCAGAGCUGUGUUUAUAACAGUUGUCUUAAAAUCUCCAUGUUUAGAGGGGAAUCCGGUUAUACAUGGGAGUUUUAUCUAGGGAAGCCCUGAUCUCUGUUUUGCCUUUUUAUCUGCCAUUUAUCAAGAGAAUGUCAAUAAAAUGUCUUGUCACUUUGGGAUCAAUAAAAUCUGUGUUAAAGCACA